CCCUCCUCGGUUACCCGUGGUGCCGCGCGCGGGGCUGGCACUGACGUGGCCGCCGAGCGCCGCCAUCUUGUGUGCCUGGGCGGAGAGCGGCCGAGAGGCGCAGGGGGCAGCGGGCUCCGAGCGGGACCGUCCGAGGAGAGCCACAGACACUGCCCGCGGCACCAGCCGACCCCGACUUCACUGGCCAGUGAGAAUAAAUCUCAAGCAUGGGAAAUAUUUUUGCUAACCUCUUCAAAGGCCUUUUUGGCAAAAAAGAAAUGCGGAUUCUAAUGGUUGGUCUGGAUGCUGCAGGAAAGACAACUAUUUUGUACAAACUUAAACUUGGUGAAAUAGUAACUACUAUUCCUACUAUAGGUUUCAAUGUGGAAACAGUAGAAUACAAGAACAUCAGCUUCACAGUCUGGGAUGUAGGUGGUCAGGAUAAGAUCAGACCCCUCUGGCGCCAUUAUUUCCAGAACACACAAGGGCUGAUUUUUGUGGUUGACAGUAAUGACAGAGAACGAGUGAACGAGGCCAGAGAAGAGCUUAUGAGAAUGUUGGCAGAAGAUGAGCUUAGAGAUGCUGUUUUAUUAGUGUUUGCUAACAAACAGGACCUGCCGAACGCCAUGAAUGCAGCAGAAAUCACAGACAAACUUGGACUGCAUUCUCUUCGUCACAGGAACUGGUACAUCCAGGCAACCUGUGCCACUAGUGGGGAUGGUCUCUAUGAAGGACUGGACUGGUUGUCCAAUCAGCUCCGAAACCAGAAAUGAAACCAUAAACCUUCCUUUUUUUCCCCCCUCCUCUUUCUUUUUCCACCCCCUCCCCCUCUUAUUUCCCUCCUCUUCUCCCUCUGCUUUACUCUGAUGUGGCAAACUGUGCUACUUUGUGGUAUUGAGUGCCGGAAGCUGUUUUCAUUUCUGUUUGUUUCUUUUUUUUUUGUCACAGUAUAUAUUGCAUCAUGCUGUAAAUGUGGCAAAUACAAGCCUGAAAACAGUUAGGUUUCUUAUUUAAUGUAAAUAGUUUUUGUUUUCAAUGAGGCAGUUUCUGGUACUCCUAUGCAAUAUUUACUCAGCUUUUUUUUUUUUUAAUUGUAAAGAAUCAAAUCACUGGUUAGUACUUUUGGAAGGGAUUUAAGUGGGUUUAACAUAAGGGUUGCCAGUGGUCCUUGUGCAGUAGAGCUGAAUCCUAUCCUGGCUGGGUUGUGAGAUCUGUGAGGUCCUGGUUUUGGUGGUUGGUUUUUAACCUGAAUCCUGUAUUUUUUUAAAAUAGUCAAAGAAAAGUAAAAACACUUCAACACACAAACCUUUUGACAUCACUUCUGCCAUUCUCACCCCUACCAGGGGACUUUUGAUUCUUUUUUUUGAAAUGGUGAAGCAGUGGUUGACCCUCACUCAGCUUCAUCCACUUAAAGAACAGUUGAUAACUAACAGAUCUCUGGCUCUUUCUGUUCUGUGCUCCUCAUAUUUGUUCAUAUUCAGUCAAAGAUUUGUCAGCCCUGCUUCAGAUGAGCUUGCAGACUCAUGCUCAACAUCUGACUUUUGGUUCAGGUUGAGAUUUCUCUCUUCCAUUGAACUUUUGAAUCAUUUCCAGAAGUCACAUUUUUAGCCUGUCCUAUUUGUCAAAAAAAAAAAAACCUAAUUAAAAUAAGUGUUUUCUACUUUUCUUGUGUGUAAACCACUCCAGAAGGCAAACCUUUCCACAGAAAGCACAGCCUCUACUAGUCCUAAGCUCUGUAGGCAGAAAGUACUGUACUUAACAUCAAGAAUUGCCAUGAAAAAACACCAAACAUCUAUGUAUAGCAUCUAGAAUUAAAAAAAAAAAAGGAAAAAGCAUGAGAGUUUGGAGAGUCAUUCCACUCUAGAAGUAUUCAAUCCCAUUUUGGAACAAUCCCAUAUCUGUAUAUGUGUGAAAACCCUUGGCAUCCCUCAUACUGCAAGGUUCAGAUUUGCCAUCAGUUAAAAAAUAAAAAAAAAAAAAAAAUGAAAAAAAAGACCUCUUUACUUUUCUUUUGUAUUUUGAUAAACACUGAAGAAGCUGGAGCUGUUAAAACUUUAACUUGAGGAACUAUCAGAACUGGUUUAUUUAGUGUUGUGGAAACCUUGAUUGCUUUCAAUACACAAUUAGUAAUCAACUGUUUUGUAUACUUGUUUUCAGUUUUCAUUUCGACAAACGAGCACUGUAAUUAAGGCUAUUAGAAUAAAAAUCUCUUAACUAUAUCAUGUUUUUUAUGCCUUGCUGUUCAUUUGAUCAUCUUGGCAAGAAAUCAUAAUGAAAUACUUGUUGAAUAAAAAGUUUCAUGAAACUUG